UCAGAGAAUUUGUUCCUCCUCCCGAUGGUAGCAGCACAGCUGACAGGCCCUCGCAGCUCUCCCAGAAUACCGCAUCUUGCGGAUAUUCCCCCCCCCAAGAACUUGGAACGUUUCCAUGUGUUGGUUUUCAAAGCCUCCGAGUUGGUGAACAGGCUCGAAAGUUAUUGCAUUCACAAUGGACAACGAUGAAGCGAGCAACCAACCAUUUGAAUAUUUUGAACUCAAUGGCAUCUCAUUUGCUUCACCACUACAUUCACUACAACUACUUGAGUGGCUGAAAGAUUUUGAAAUGGAUCCAAAUAUUCCACUCAUUGUUUCAUAUCCUAAAUCUGGAACUAAUUGGGUGCAGCAGAUGGCAAGUCUGAUCCUAGCCAAUGGCAAUAUUGAUUCCGUAAAAGACAAAAUUCUCAAACAUAGAGCUCCAUGGAUAGAGUUUGUUCCUUUCAAACCAGGUUACACUGACUACCAGCUGCUGACAACACACUUAAAUUACCAGAUGGUUCCAAGUUCUGCGAAAAACAGAAGGAUGAAGAUCAUAUAUGUUGCCAGAAAUCCCAAGGAUGUGAUUGUGUCAUUUUACCACUAUCAUAUUUGUCAUCAUUACUUGAAGACACCAAAGGAUUUUUCUGACUUCCUGGAGCAGUUUAUUGAGGGAAAUGUGAUAUAUGGAUCUUGGUUUGACCACAUCAGAGACUGGUACAACCAUAAAGAUGAACUCAACAUGUUGUUUGUAACGUAUGAGGAAAUGCAGAAAGAUAUCAGAAGCGUAAUAGUAAAAGUUGCAUCGUUUCUUAAUAAAAUGCUGGAUGGAAAAACCUUGGAGUCAAUUGUGGAUCAUUGCACCUUUGCAUAUAUGAAAACAAACCCUGCAACAAACUACCGAGCUGCGUUGAAGCAUUUCAGUCAUGACAUUGGCCAUUUCUUUAGAAAAGGGAUUGUUGGAGACUGGAAAAAUCACUUUCUUGUGGCUCAGAAUGAGUGGUUCGAUUCCAUCUACCAGGAGAGGAUGGCGGGGUUGCCUCUGAAGUUUGACUAUGACCUCAAAUAAGCAGUAAUUGGAAGAUUUUAGAAAUGUCCAGCUAGCUCAACCUUGUAAGAAAGAAAUGAGGGACAAGAAUAUGGAGAAUUAUGGACAGCUCAAAAUCACGUACAGCACGGAAAAAGACCCUUCGGUCCAACUUGUCCAUGCUGACAGAUAUUCUAAACUAAUCUAGUCCUAUUUACCAGUUUUUAGCCCAUAUCCGUCUAAACCCUUCCUAUUCAUAUACUCAUCCAGAUGCCUGUAAGAAAAUUACUGGAAUCUAUUAUUUUGAAUGUAGGAACGGGGCACUCGGUUAUAGUUUAUUGGUUGGAGUUCGCAUUGAUUCAUGAAAUAGAAAUCCAGCUUGGCAAUUCAGUUUGAAGUUUUUUCAGGUUUAAUUAGAAAAAUCGAUGAGGGGAAACCAGCGGAUGGAGUGUAACUGGAUUUUCAAAACACUGUAUAAGGUGCCAAACCCUCAAUAUGGUUGGUGGUAGCAUGUUAACGUGGAUUGAGAAUUCGUUAAGAAACAGAAUACACAGGAUAAAUGGGUUUUUUUGAAGCUCAGGUGCUGUAACAAGCAGGGUAUUGCGAGGGUCAGUGUGGCAUCUCUGCUUACAGUCAGUGACAAUAACUUGUAUAUGCUGUUCGUUAUAAUAUAUCUCGAUAUCCCAAGAAACCUUAGAUAAUUGGGAAACUAAGAUGUGAGGGAGAUGUGAGGCUGUGAUGUGAAUGAUGUGAAUAAGGCAUUUAAUGAGCAAGGUCAGAACUAGCAGAAUGUGGGAAUCAUCCACUUUGGUAGGGAAAAAAAAUAUCAUUUUCUCCAUUUUAAAGACUGGAAAUUUGGUGUUUUUCAGCGAGGCCUGCAUGUCUGUACACAAACCAUAAAAAAUUGACAUGCUAGUGCAGCAAUUGUAAUUUGACGUUGAGCAACAUAGCAUAAUAUAAUCAAGCACAGUCAUUGUGACUUCAUGAAGGGAAAAUCAUGCCUGACUAAUUUAAUAGAAUUCUUUGAAGUGGUAACAAGCAGAAUUGAGAAAAGGAAAGCCAGUAGAUGUAAUAUUUUUGGAUUUUGAAAAGUGUUGAAAUGGUACCGGAUAUGUUAGGUUACUUAAGAGAGUCCAUGUUGUUGCGGUUACUAUAUUAGCAUGGAUAGAGGUUUAGCUAACUAAUAGAAGACAAGAGACAUGGGGGUAAAAAAGGGGGAGGCGUGGCAUUACUUGUCAAAGACAGUAUCACAGCAGUGGAAUGGACGAUGGAAGAGGACUUGCCAUCUGAGGUAGUUUGGGCUGAGGUUAGAAAUAGGAAAGGUGAGGUCACCCUGUUAGGUGUUUUCUACAGGCCUCCUAAUAGUCCUAGAGAA